AUGUCGGUCGGCCUGGAGUUGCUCGGCAUCUCCCUGUGCAUCCUGGGAUGGAUCAUCGGCAUCGUGGCGUGCGCCUUGCCCAUGUGGAGGGUGACGGCGUUCAUCGGGAGCAACAUCGUGACGGCGCAGAUCAUCUGGGAGGGUUUGUGGAUGACCUGCGUGGUGCAGAGCACGGGCCAGAUGCAGUGUAAGGUCUACGACUCCAUGCUGGCACUCUCGCAGGAUCUCCAGGCCGCUCGGGCCCUCACCGUCAUCUCCAUCUUGCUGGCCAUCAUGGCCGUGCUCAUCGCCAUAACCGGCGCCAAGUGCACCAACUGCAUCGAGGAGGAAGCCUCCAAAGCCAAGGUGAUGAUAGUCUCCGGGGUUUUCUUCAUCGUGUCUGGCGUCAUGCAGCUCAUUCCCGUCUCCUGGUCGGCCAACACCAUCAUCCGGGAUUUCUACAACCCCUUGAUGACGGACGCCCAGAGGCGAGAACUGGGCGCCGCGCUCUACAUCGGGUGGGCGGCCGCCGCGCUGCUCAUCCUGGGAGGUGGGCUGCUUUGCUGCUCCUGUCCGCCGAGCGAGGCGCGCUACAGCAACUCCAGAAUGGCGUACUCAGCCUCCAGGUCGGCAGGAGGGCAAGGGAUGGAGAGGAAGGACUACGUGUGA